UUUCUCGCUUUCUUGCUCUCUCUCGCUCUCUCUCUCUCUCUGGCGAUAACACGGUGGUUUCUGGGCAUUGAUAGCGCCGCCGUCUUCUCGCCACCGUCUUCUCGCCGGUAGUCAGCUCCCAUCCUUUUUGUUCAAGUGCAAACAGCUACAAUAUUUAAACUUGGAGUCUAAUAAUUUCAAAGGAAAACUAUCACCUGAAAUAGGGAACUUAACCAAGCUCACAUUUUUAAAUCUUGGCUACAACAACUUCGAAGGUGCAAUACCAAGUGAAAUUGGUAAUUUGCAGAACCUAGUGUAUUUCAAUUUGGGAAUUAACAAUUUUGUUGGCACAAUUCCACUGGAGAUAUUCAAUAUCUCAACAAUACAAGUGUUCUCCAUGCUAGGAAAUCACCUCUCAGGCACUCUUCCGUCAGAUAUGGGCCUCUUUCUUCCAAAUCUUAGAGGGAUUUAUCUUGAGGUAAAUGAACUUGGCGGAACGAUUCCGGCCUCUAUUUGCAAUGCUUCACAACUCAUUUUAGUCGACUUGGGAGGUAACUCAUUCUCAGGCUUGAUUCCAAAAUCACUUGGUAAUUUAAGGCUCCUCCAGCGGCUUAACCUUGGAUUGAAUAAUUUGACCAUUGAAUCUUCAGAAUUGAAUAUUUUUUCAUAUUUUUCGAGCAACGCAUAUCUCAAAAAUUUGUAUCUGUCUAUGAAUCCACUAAAUGGAGUCCUUCCUAAUUCCAUUGGAAACCACUCGAUCUUUCUUGAGGAACUUGAUUUCACUGGUUGCACUAUUAAGGGCAACAUUGCCAUAGAUAUUGGCAAUUUAAGUAGAUUGACAUAUAUGUCCCUGGGCGGCAAUGAUUUGGCUGGACCUAUUCCGACUACAAUAGGAAGAUUAAGCAUGCUCGAACGUUUGUUCCUUUUUGAUAAUAGGCUAAAAGGUCCAAUCCCAUCUGAUAUUUGUUACUCAGGGAGAUUGGGAAAUUUAAAUUUAGCUGGCAACAAGCUUUCUGGGCAGAUUCCCAAAUGUGUAAAUAAUAUCACUUCAUUAAGAUAUCUCACCUUAGCCUUCAACCAAUUAACUUCAAGGGUUCCUUUGAGCUUGUGGAGGCUAACAGAUAUCUUGGUGGUCGACUUGUCAUCGAAUUCCCUAAGUGGCUCUAUUUCAUCAAGUAUUGGAAAUAUGAAGGUCCUGACAAUAUUGAAUUUAUCAAGAAAUCAAUUAUCUGGUCAUAUCCCAGAAACAAUUGGUGGGCUCAUAUCUCUAGCCAAUCUCUCUUUGGCAGUCAAUCAAUUAGAGGGCUCCAUUCCUAUAUCUUUUGGUGGAUUAGUAAGCUUGGAGUUGUUAGAUCUUUUUGGUAACAACUUAUCUGGAGAGAUACCCAAGUCCUUGGUAGUUCUACGGUACCUCAAAUAUCUAAAUGUCUCCUACAAUAAACUACGAGGAGAAAUUCCAACACAAGGACCAUUUGUUAACUUCUCAGCUGAAUCAUUCAUGUCAAAUGAUGCACUUUGUGGUCUAAUUAGACUGAAUGUUCCUCCAUGCAAAGAAGCUUCUCUUGGACCAAGAAAAGCAAUUGGGGUGUCCAUACUAAAAUAUGUAUUGCCCACAUUGGGGUUAACCAUAAUUGUAGUAUUCGUUGUACUAGUCUCAGGAAAACUCCAUGGGAAGAAGAAUUCAAAACUUUCCAACAACAAAGACUCAAUGCCUUGGUUAACAUGGAGAAGAAUUUCGCACCAACAACUUUUACAAGCAACAGAAGGGUUCAGUGAAAACAACUUACUUGGAGAAGGGAGUUUUGGGUCAGUUUAUAAAGGGAGAUUCUUAGAUGGUACAUAUGUUGCAAUAAAAGUUCUAAACUUGGAACUAGAAGGUGCAUUCAAAAGUUUUGACAUAGAAUGCGAGAUAUUACAACAUGUUCGUCAUCGAAAUCUUGUCAAAAUCAUUAGCGUUUGUAGUAACAUUGACUUCAAAGCACUUGUUUUGGAAUACAUGUCUAAAGGGAACCUAGAGAUGUGGUUGUAUUCUAAUGCCCAUUGCUUGAAUAUGCUACAAAGGCUAAAUAUAAUGAUUGAUGUGGCAGCGGCACUUGAAUACCUUCAUCUUGGUUAUUCAACACCUAUCAUUCUUUGUGAUUUGAAGCCAAGCAAUGUCUUAUUAGAUGAAGAUAUGGUUGGACAUGUUGCUGAUUUUGGCAUUGCCAAACUCCUAAGUGAUGGAAUUUCUCUCACGCAAACAAUGACCAUGGCUACAAUUGGGUAGAUGGCACCAGAGUAUGGAUCUGAAGGAAUUAUUUCUACAAGCGGUGAUGUGUAUAGCUAUGGAAUAUUAUUGAUGGAAACUUUCACAAGAAAGAAGCCCACUGAUGAUAUGUUUAUCGGUGAAAUGAGCUUAAAGCGUUUAGUAGAGGAAUCAUUUUCGCUUUCGAUACUUGAAGUUAUUGAUGCCAACUUGUUGAGCAAUGAAAAUGACUAUGCUGCUAUGGAGACCUGCUUAUCAGCAACUAUGGGCUUGGCUUUGCAUUGUUGUGCAGAUUUACCUAAACAGAGGAUCGAUAUAAAAGAUAUUUUAGCUAGACUUAACAAAAUCAAAUUAAAGUAUCUACAUGAUCAUGGAGGAGGGUAAUUUGAGCAUCAAGUUUCUGUAUAGCGGAGGCCGCAAUCAGGCCUAGUCAACUAGAGUUUAUAAUCAAGCUACAGUUUAAUCUACAAUCGGCGUAUUGCGAACCGAGUUGCGCACCAUUGCUGACGUAGAUAAAAUGAAACGUGGCUUUUUGUCUAGAGCGGGCGGGAAUGAAUUUUGUUUGGAAAUGAAUUUCGCAUCCUCUCUCUCUCUCUCUCUCUCUCCCCAUUAUGUUCUCUUCUCCUCUCUGUUCCCAUCCUCCGAGAAACACUUCUCCCCUCCCAUCUGGUUUCCUCUCCCUGUUCUCUCCCAAUUUUUGUCUAUCACUAGUCACUACUGCCGCGGAGAGCAUCUUCUCAAGUUAAACCCCUAUAUUUGGGUUUCGAACCCUAACCCAAAAUAGGAGUGUUGCUGCUGCUUCUUCUCCGUGAUUUAUCGUGCUUGACAGGUAGCAGUGAGGUCAAUGAAAAAGAAUUUGUGAAGAUAGAAAUUGAGUUUCCAAGGAAGGAGGAAGAUCUAGUAAAAAGAGAGGAAGAGCUUCGAAAAACUAAAGAAAAGCUUCGAGAAAGAGAUGAAGAGAUUGUAAAGAUGGAGUCAGGAGUCCACAACGACCAAGUCGAUAUUCAAAGGCAUCAAGUAGACAUUCAAAGUCAACACAAACUUCUUUGUAUCUAUUGGUUAAUUCUUAUAUUAAUGUCAUUGUACUUGAUACGAUCACAAUGAAUACCUACUGAACGUAGUCAUUGUGUAUUUUGUUGUAACGGACGUAGCGCCAGUUGUAUUUUGUUGUAAUGAAUGUAGCCAUGUUUGAUUUAAUGGACGUAGUCAUGUGUAUUUUGUUGUAAUGGACAUAGCCAUGGCUAUUUUGAUUUAAUGGAUGUAGUCAUGUGUAUUUUCUUCA